AUGAUGAAGAUGUGGCCCUGGAUGCACGACCUUCCGACGCGGGCUUGGGCCGGCCACGGCUGGCUGGUGGAGGAGGACGGCAUGCGCAGGCUCUCGCCCACGGGCGGCGGCUCCGCCAUGAAGGGCCUCGAGAUCUUCGAGGCCUUCGGCACCGUGCCCGAAGAAAGCCAGGAAGCCCCCGGCGCCUCGGCUCCGAGCAGCUCCGGGGCCGCCGGCCAGGUCAUUACGAGGAGCUUCCGCGGCCUGGAGCGCCAGAGCGGGGUGCAAGGCAUCUGCUGGCACAAGCUGGGCCUUUGGCAGCUGUCUGUCCUGGAAGGCGGCAAGCGGCAGAGGAUCACCUUCCCCAUCUCCAAACAUAUGAAGGAGGGCCUCUCUGAGGACGAGGCGGUGGCGGCCGCGCUGGAGGAGGCCAAGGCGCACCGCGAGGAGCUGGUGCGCCAGGGCAAGCUGAAGCCCCCGAAGCCCGUCACAGCCAAAGCCUCCGGGUCCGCGGUGAGGGGCGUCAAGUACAACAAGAAGACGGGACGCUUUCAGGUCCAAAUCACCAAUCCGCACACUAAGAAGUACGCAGAAGGCGGCACCUUCCAGACGCUGGCGGAGGCCGAGGCCAAGGCGCGGGAGCUGGCCGAGAAGCUGGGACAGCGCGAGCAGGUGGUGCCGGUGGACCGGCUCGCGGAGGCCCCGCACUUCGAGCCGCUCGGGCCGGAGCCGGGAGUGAAGUGGAUCCCCGGAGAGAAAGCCUGGCGUGCAAGAACGACUGUGGGAGGGAAAGAGAGGAACAUGAGGUUCCGACCCAAGGACCUCUCGGAGAAGGAGGUGGAGAAGGCCUGGAAGCAGGCGGUGGCCUGGCGCAAGCAGCAGGAGAAGGAGAGGGAGCGGGUGACAGUGCUCUCGGUCAAGCUGGCCAAGCCACGGCGAGAGCGCACGCGCAAACUUCGGCAGGUCAAGAAGGAGGUGAAGCAAGAAGUGAAGCAAGAAUUGAAGCAUGAGGUCAAGCAGGAGGACCUCGCACGGAGAAGCCAGACGGCCGGAGUGAAGAGGGAACUUGUGGAGGAAGGCCAGCUGGCGUGGUUCGUCAAGCAGGAAGAAGCUGAAGAGGCUGAGUCAGUUCGUCCCAGCAAGAGACGCCGCAUCAGUCACAAGAGGCCAGACAUCUCGCCUCCAUCGUUCGAGUCGCGAGUGCCAGAGUGGGCCGAGAAAUGCCUAGCAUUUCAAAGCUCUGGCAAGACGUGGCUCCCCACAAAGCCCUGCUGCCCGGCCAGCCCGUUCCUGGGGCUGGCUGCUGCCCCGUGGGAAGGAUGCAAGGAGAAUGAGGCGAAAGCGUGCAUGCAGCGUCUCAGCAAGGUGCAGUUCUGCGAGUUUCGGGACUUCUUCUACGACAACCCGCACCAUGCCCUCUUCAAUGAUCACGGCAAGGACUCCAGUGGUUCAGGGCCAGUGGAGAAGGCGCACGGUCCCCAACCUGAGCACUUGCAGGAUGCAGCUGCGAAGCAGCACCGCGCAGCCGAGAUGAUGAAGAUGUGGCCCUGGAUGCACGACCUUCCGACGCGGGCAUGGGCCGGCCACGGCUGGCUGGUGGAGGAGGACGGCAUGCGCAGGCUCUCGCCCACGGGCGGCGGCUCCGCCAUGAAGGGCCUCGAGAUCUUCGAGGCCUUCGGCACCGUGCCCGAGGAAAGCCAGGAAGCCGCCGGCGCCUCGGCUCCAAGCGGCUUCUGGGCCGCCGGCCAGGUCCUUACGAAAAAAUUCCGCGGCCUGGAGCGCCAGAGCGGGGUGCAGGGCAUCAGCUGGCACAGGACGAGGAUGUACUGGCAGGUCUCCUUCCAGAAAGCCGGCAAGCAGCAGCGGGUCAACUUCCCCGUCUCUGAGCACAUCAAGGAGGGCCUCUCUGAGGACGAGGCGGUGGCGGCCGCGCUCGAGGAGGCCAAGGCGCACCGCGAGGAGCUGGUGCGCCAGGGCAAGCUGCAGCCCCCGAAGCCCAUCAACGCCAAAGCCACCGGGUCCGCGGUGAGGGGCGUUAUUAGCAACACUGGAGGAACCUUUCGGGUCCAAAUUGUCAAUCCGCGCACAAAGAAGAGGGAGGAUGGUGGCACCUUCAAGACGCUGGCGGAGGCCGAGGCCAAGGCGCGGGAGAUGGCCAAGAAGCUCGGGCUCCAAGCCGAGGGCGGGGUGGUGCCGGUGGACCGGCUCGCGGAGGUCCCGCACUUCGAGCCGCUCGGGCCGGAGAAGAAUGUGAGGUGGAGGCAGGGUGCGCAGCAUUGGCGAGCCACGUACCGAGUCAACGGCAAGCAGCGAAAUUUCACCGUGAAGCCCAAGGACUAUUCGGAGAAGGAGGUGGAGAAGGCCUGGAAGCAGGCGGUGGCCUGGCGCAAGCAGCAGGAGAAGGAGAGGGAGCGGGCGGACCGAGCUCCAAAGCGCUGA